AUGGCGGACCCAGCAGAUUUGAACCUGGACGCGCCGAGCGACCUCCAGGACAUUCCUGAGCUGGCCAUGCAAUUGAUUCCCCCGCCUGAGGGAACAUAUCCUGAUAAGAACUCACUGCUCACGGCAGUCCAGUCUCACGGCAAGGCCCAUGGUUACAAUGUGGUCGUCAAAUCCUCCAGUACCCCUACAGAGAAGAAGCCAGGCCGUACCGCUAAGGUGUGGCUGCGUUGUGAUCGUGGUGGACACUACCGACCGCGAAAUGGGCUCACGGAGGAGACGCGCAAGCGGAGGCGGACGUCAAGGCUGAUGGAUUGUCCGUUUAUGUUGGUCGCGGCUGGUUCGCCGGGCAUCUGGACCUUGACGGUGCUAAAUCCAACUCAUAACCAUGGACCUGUCAUUGAGAAGCCUCGCCAGGUAUCUCACCACAAGGUGCGCAAGGGUCAACUACCGGCCCUUCCAUACGAUUGGCCGCACGAUGCAACUUUCACCCCAUACACGACCGCGCUUGUGAUUAUCGACAUGCAAAAAGAUUUUUGUGCGCCUGGUGGAUACAUGGAAUAUCAGGGCUAUGAUAUCUCUGCGGCGCAAGCAUUGAUUCCCAAGCUACACCGGCUUCUAACUACAUUCCGCUCUGAGAGAUUUCCUAUUUACCAUACACGAGAAGGACACCGACCAGAUCUGUCUACUCUUUCAAGCCGGGAGGCAUACCGCUCUCGCAACAAUGCUGCAGGCAUGGGCAUUGGCUCGCAUGGACCACUUGGUCGCCUCCUCAUUCGAGGGGAAGGGGGAUGGAACAUCGUGGACGAACUAAGUCCCUACGCAGACGAACCGGUGAUUGAUAAACCCGGACGCGGUGCAUUUGCGCAUACAGACUUCGAGCUUCUCCUUCGGAAUAAAGGUGUAAAAAAUCUCGUCAUUGCAGGAGUUACUACCGAUGUCUGCGUAUCUACGACGAUGCGCGAGGCCAACGAUCGCGGGUUCGAUUGCGUGGUCUUAGACGACGGUACUUCUGCCGCGGAACCAUCUCUCCAUAACAGCACGAUGGAAUCUAUCAAGAUGGAGGGUGGCAUCUUUGGAGCUGUGGCUAAGAUUGAGGACGUAGUGCAUGCAGUUGAAAACUUCAAAUCCGUCACUAUGAAGAAGCUGGCUCCUCAGAUGACGGGUUAA